AUGCCGAGGACUGGCCCUCCGAGGACGCGCCCCAAGGGGGCGCUGCCGAAACACCCCGGGGGAAAGUGGCGUCCCCAGGGGGCGCCCCCCAAGGGGGCGCCUGCCGAGGGGCACCCGGGGGGAGCGCCGCCGAGGACCCCGAAGGACUCCCCCGCCGAGGACAAACCCCGGGGGCCCGUCCGAAAUAUGCCGCAGGAGCGCCCUGCCGGGGGCGCGCCGAAGGACUUGCCCGUCCGAGGGGCGCGCCGAAGGAAUGCCUGCCCGGGGGGCGCCAAGGGGGCUGCCUGCCGAGGACCCCGGGGAAGGACUCCCCUCCGAGGACGAGUUUGCCGCCGGGGGGACACCCUGGAGGACUGGGUCCGGGACCCCAAGGAGCUGCCUUCCGAGAUAAGCGGGGGGACCCUGCCUCCGAAGGAGCGGGGGGAAACUCCCGGGUUUUAG